AUGGCAGGGGAGAUGGAAGGAUUCUGUUCCUCCCUCCAUGACACCAGUGUCUCUGCUGGGUUCAGAACACUGUAUGAGGAGCGACUGCUGCUUGAUGUCACUCUGGUUAUUGAUGAUCAUCAGUUCCAUGCCCAUAAAGCACUUUUGGCCACGCAGAGUGAUUACUUCCGAAUUAUGUUUACCGCAGACAUGAGGGAGCGUGAUCAGGACAAAAUUCACUUAAAAGGUCUAACUGCUACUGGCUUCAGCCACGUACUUCAGUUUAUGUACUAUGGAACUAUAGAACUGAGUAUGAAUACUGUUCAUGAGAUUCUUCAGGCUGCCAUGUAUGUUCAACUUAUAGAAGUGGUGAAGUUCUGCUGCUCUUUCCUGUUAGCAAAAAUCUGCUUAGAAAACUGUGCAGAAAUCAUGAGACUCUUAGAUGAUUUCGGUGUGAACAUCGAGGGAGUUAGGGAGAAGCUGGAAUCCUUUCUGCUAGACAACUUUGUGCCACUCAUGUCCAGGCCUGACUUCCUGUCAUAUCUGAGUUUUGAGAAGCUCAUGUCUUAUUUGGAUAAUGAUCAUCUGAGCAGGUUCCCAGAGAUAGAGCUGUACGAGGCUGUGCAGUCUUGGCUGCGGCAUGAUAGAAGACGCUGGAGACAUACCGAUACCAUUAUUCAGAACAUCAGGUUUUGCUUGAUGACCCCAUCCAGUGUUUUUGAGAAGGUUAAGACAUCAGAAUUUUACAGAUACUCUCGACAGCUGCGCUAUGAAGUUGAACAAGCAUUGAAUUACUUUCAGAACAUUCACCAUCAGCCUUUGUUGGACAUGAAAUCGAGCCGCAUCCGCUCUGCCAAACCCCAAACUACAGUAUUCCGAGGAAUGAUUGGACAUAGCAUGGUUAACAGUAAAAUACUCCUCUUAAAGAAACCAAGAGUCUGGUGGGAACUAGAGGGCCCCCAAGUACCCCUGCGCCCUGACUGCCUUGCUAUUAUCAAUAACUUUGUGUUCUUGUUGGGCGGGGAAGAACUGGGCCCAGAUGGUGAAUUCCAUGCUUCUUCCAAAGUGUUCAGGUAUGACCCCAGACACAACUCGUGGCUCCGGAUGGCAGAUAUGUCUGUACCACGUUCAGAAUUUGCAGUUGGUGUUAUUGGGAAGUUUAUUUACGCCGUAGCAGGCAGAACCAGAGACGAGACUUUCUAUUCAACUGAGAGAUAUGAUAUCAUCAAUGAUAAAUGGGAAUUCGUGGAUCCUUAUCCAGUUAACAAAUAUGGACACGAAGGGACAGUGCUCAAUAACAAGUUGUAUAUCACUGGUGGAAUCACCUCAUCGUCCACCUCCAAGCAAGUGUGCGUUUUUGACCCCAGUAAAGAAGGGACCAUAGAACAAAGAACCAGAAGAACCCAAGUUGUUACCAACUGCUGGGAGAAUAAGAGCAAGAUGAAUUACGCGAGAUGCUUUCACAAGAUGAUCUCUUACAACGGCAAGCUUUAUGUCUUCGGUGGUGUCUGUGUGAUCUUGAGGGCCUCUUUUGAAUCUCAGGGCUGCCCUUCCACAGAAGUGUACAACCCAGAGACUGACCAAUGGACCAUCUUGGCCUCCAUGCCAAUCGGUAGAAGUGGCCAUGGUGUGACUGUGCUGGACAAACAGAUAAUGGUUCUUGGAGGCCUUUGCUACAACGGUCAUUACAGCGAUUCCAUUCUCACUUUUGAUCCAGAUGAAAACAAGUGGAAGGAAGAUGAGUACCCACGGAUGCCCUGCAAGCUGGAUGGUUUACAAGUGUGCAACCUGCAUUUUCCAGAAUAUAUAUUGGACGAGGUCAGACGUUGCAACUAA